AUGGCUGUCAAGAACGGUGCCUAUUUCGACUUCAUCGUCGUCGGAGGCGGUACAGCCGGCAACAUUGUCGCCGCCCGCCUCGCCGAGAAUCCCAAUGCCCGAAUCCUCGUCAUCGAAGCAGGCAUCGGAACCUCCAAAGACAACGAGGAGAUCCGUACGCCUGGACUCGCCAUGGACAUCCGAGGAAGUAAAUACGACUGGGCCUAUAAAACAACCAUGAUCAAGCGUGAUGAUUAUGAACGCAUCGAGAAGCCGAAUACUCGCGGUAAAGCCCUUGGCGGCAGUUCGUCACUGAAUUAUUUCUCGUGGGUGCCUGGCUCUAAGGGAACCUUUGAUAUGUGGGAGGAAUAUGGCGGAAAAGAAUGGACUUGGGAACCGCUUGUUCCUUAUCUGAGAAAGAGUGUGACUUAUCAUGACGAUGCUGGAUUGUAUCCCCCGGAACUUAAGAAGAUUGGUGCAGGAGGGCCAAUUCCCAUUGCCCACGCAGAGCUUAUCCCAGAGAUGAAACCAUUCCGAGACCUUCUCACCAAAGCUUGGAAAUCUACUGGCGAGCCUGUUUCUGAGAAUAUCUUUGAUGGGACAAUGCGUGGCUUGGUCCAUAGCGUCAACACGAUAUACAAGGGCAGACGAUCAGGAAGCUUUCUUGCGGUCGCGGAUAAGCCUAACAUCACCGUCUUUCCUGAAGUUCAUUCAAAGAGCCUUAUAAUCGAUCACGCAGAUCGUACUGCCAAAGGCGUGACCGUUAUCACAGCCUCUGGGGAGGAGAUCGACCUUUAUGCUACACGCGAGGUCAUCGUAUCCCAGGGCGUGUUUGAGACCCCGAAGCUCCUUAUGCUCAGUGGCAUUGGACCUAAGGCCGAGUUAGCCAAACAUAACAUCCCUUUGCUCGUGGACUCACCCCAUGUCGGCCAGCAUCUUUUGGAUCAUCCAGGUGUUCCUUUCGUCCUCAAGAUCAAGGACAGUUACUCCAUGGACAAUCAUGUCCUGCGCAAGGGCGCUCUUCAAGACAAGGUCAUGUCAGCUUACGCCAAUGGUCAUGCCGGACCCAUGGGAUCACCUUUUCUCGAGAUGAUUGGUUUCCCCAGAAUUGAUUCAUACCUCGAAAAGUCUCCUGAAUAUCGCGCAGCAAAGGCUGCUAAUGGUGGCCUUGACCCAUUCUGUCCAUAUGGUCAGCCUCAUUUCGAGCUUGACUUUAUUCCGCUCUUCGGUAGUGCGUUCCAGUGGCACUUCCCGCAUCCUAACAAGGGAAGCUAUAUGACCGUCAUGGUCGACCUCGUCCGCCCUGUUUCCGAGGGUGGUGAAGUUACUCUCAAUAGUGGUGAUCCCUUGCAACAAGCCAACAUUAACCUGAAUUACUUCAACAACGACCUUGACAUCAUCGCUAUACGAGAGGGAAUCAGGUUCUCUUAUGAUGUGCUCAAGAACGGGGAAGGGUUUAAGGAUAUAGUUGAGGAUGAGUACCCUUGGGAUAUGCCAUUGCAUGACGAUGAGGCUAUGAAGAGGACAGUUUUGGACCGUUCACAGACUUCAUUCCAUCCUUGUGGAACUGCUCGUCUCGCCAAGAGCAUUGAACAGGGCGUGGUAAACCCUAGUCUUCAGGUGCAUGGGAUCAAGAAUCUUCGUGUUAUUGAUGCUUCUGUCAUUCCUAUUAUUCCAGACUGUCGUAUCCAGAAUUCGGUUUAUAUGGUGGCUGAGAAGGGUGCUGAUGCGAUCAAGCGUGAUCAUACGGAUUUGUACAAUUAA